CAACCCCCUUCUCCCCAUUCAAGAAGAAAAAGAUGGGUAAACAGCUGUAUUUGAUUAUCUCUCUUUCUUUCUCUCUGGGCCUCAUGGAGGUGGAUGAGGACCGUCGUGCACCAGCAGCAGUUGAAGCUGCCAGCAUGAUCUAAACUUCCUUCUCUGUCAAGGAUAGAUCAGAUCAUGUGGUAGCUUCACCUGUUGAUGGGAUCACGAGAUCAAUCGAACAACCCUAUUUUUUUGUUAUUCUGCAGGUGCGAAUCAUUCCUUUUCCAUUUUUUACUUUUUGGGACUCCUCUAAUUCUGUUUUCUUUCUUUUUUUAUUUUUUGUUGUUUAGUUUAAAUUUUUAAGGGUUUUUCAAACAUAGGUCUACACUCUACACAACAAAUGUUGUAAUUGCAU